CACUGAUCUGCUGCCAUGAGUUCUGCCAUGGAACGCACUUCCAGUGCCCCACCCGCGGAAAAGACGGUCCCUGCACCUGCCAGCAGCAGCAGCCGCCCACCAGCACCACAUGGAGUGGAGUGGGAUCCGCUGCCCAUGGUGCAGAGGCAGGUGCUGCACAAGCCCUCCACGGGGUGUUUGCGGCGCGUGGGCAUCGAGCUGAACUCCUUGAGACAGGAGCCCCUGCCCGGCAUCGGCCUGUGGCCCGACGAGAACUUCAGCACCUUGGUCCAUGCCUUGGUCGAAGGACCUGAGGAGACGCCCUACGAGGGUGGCAUGUUUCAUUUCGUUCUCUAUGUCAAGUCCAACUAUCCCCACGAGCCACCCCUGGUGCGUUUGAUGACGACGGGCAACGGCUCGGUCCGCUUCAACCCGCAGUUCUAUACCUCCGGCAAGGUGUGCCUGUCAAUUUUGAACACUUGGCCGGGCCCAGGUUGGAACCCCGCCUUCAGUUUGAGGGUGGUCUUAUUGCAGCUACAGGCGCUGAUGAACAAACAUCCAGCCCUCAAUGAGCCUGGCGUGAUGAUCAUGAACAACCCCGAGGACUACAACGCCUUCCUCCGCCAUGAGACGCUCCGCGUGGCCGUGCUGCAACUCUUCGACGAGGCCGAGGAGCGCCUCGCCGAGGCCGAGGCGGCCGCGGCUGCCGAGGAAUCUGGAGCUGCGGCUCUUUCGAAAGCUCCUGGCAGCACUCACCUGGACAUGCCUUUGGAGAUGGCGAAAGAGGUGGUGGCCAAAGUGAAGAAGGAGGCAGCCAACUUGGAGGCGCGGUGUCGCAGCUGCACCGCCAGCACCCCUGACGGCUUCCCGCUCGCCGGCGUGCCGCGCGGCGUCCGCGCGGAGUACGCCGCGCUGGCGCAGCGCUUCCGCGCGCUCCACGCGGCGGAGGCUACGGCGGAGGUGGCAGGUGAGGAGGAGGAAGCGCCCGAAUGCCGCAUUUGCGGUGGUGGCGCCGAGGACGGAGAACUUCUUCAACCCUGCGGUUGCAGCGGGAGCAUCGCCAAUGUGCAUCGUGCCUGCGCUGUGGAGUGGAUUCGCCGCAACCACUCGCCCCAGUGCCCCAUCUGUGGCCAGUCCUACUCGGAUCCUCAGCUCCGUGCCGCCGGAACCUUGCGACGCUACAAGAAGCGAUGCAUUGAGUUUGGACAAUUUUCCUUUGGCGCCGGCAUUCUCUUCGCUUGCCUGCUGCUGAAUCUGACGGCCGGUGCAAGGUUGCUGCCCAUCGAAAUUGCUCCUUGGGAAUUGAAUCGCUGGCACGUGCGGCCAGCGUCACUCGGCGAUAAGAGGCCUAGACGCCCUGAAGCCGAAGAACGGCAGAAGGCCUUGCGGCAGAUGAUGAACCAAUGGGUUCUGGACCAUCCUGCUUCUAGCGCGGACCCGGAGGAGACUGUUUUUUGGGAGCCGGACGAUGCCAAUGUGCAGGAUUAUCAGCUGACUCCGCCCUAUCGUUUACGGGGGCGUUGGUUGCUCCCUGCGUUGGGUUCCCCGGUGCGACGCGGCGCUACCCAGUUGGAACUGCGAGAGCGUUGGCAACAGCCUUUGGUCGAGGAGUUCGUGUUUCAUCCCCUGACCCCUUGGAGUACCCGAACGUUGCCCGUGCCGGUGCGCUACGAGGCUGACAUGGUGGAAACUUCCCCAGAAUCAAAGGUGGUGGCGAUGGAACAUGCCCAUGUUUAA